UGAAAAUAAAAUAUUUGUUAAUUCUUAUAAAAUGGCUAACGAAACUCAACAGAAAGAUGCUGAGAAAAUGAUGAAGAGUACUGCCUUCAUGGAGGAGUCAUACGACCUUGUUAAUAAGGAGAGGUUUGGACUUUUCUCCCAACCUGGAUCCCUUGCUAUUGGGGAGAAUACAUACGCUCCCACAAAGCAAGCUCACAAAGAUGAGGAUGGAAGAGUUGUGACUGAGCCACCUAAUUUCUUAACCACUAAGGUGAAGAAAGGUAAUAUCGAUCAGGUCCUUUUCUCUGAGCCAGGGUAUAUUACGAGUGGAGACCCUUAUUCAGAUAAAAAGUUAAUUAUGAGAGAAGCUAAAAAGGACGGUCAUAAAGCUGUUAGCGAUAAUGCUUUUAAACCAGCGAAAUCAAUUCCUAGUCCAGUCAAAGCAACGUAUGAGCACAUGCAAGCUGAUGAGCAUGAAAAGAAGAACUUCAGAGAUGCUGAUGGGGCUGUUAAGACUGCUCCAAGAAACUUUACAACCACUGGCCCAAAGCAAGGAGCUCCAGGUACAACCCCUUCUGUCCUUUUUGAAAAAGAGUACUAUCCACACAUAAAGGAUGAAUAUGACAGGAAAAAGGAGCUUGCAUCUGAAGAAUUAAAGGAAAGCAGGAAAAAGAUGCAAGAAAAGCCAUUCAGUCAGAGAAUCAAACCACAGGCUACUUUCAGCAAUGUUCAAGAAGCAUAUGGAGAGGAAGGAAUGAAAUUCCCAAAGAAGAAACCACAGAGAAAGGCGAAGCCACAAGUAGAACAUCCUGGUCCCUUCAAGCCAAGUAAUCCUCCAAAGAAAGGAGUGACUGAUAAGACUUUACAGGCUUUCCCUGAGUAUUUAGAUGACAAGAAGGCUAAAGAAGAUCCUAACUACGGAAAACCAACCCAGAAAAAGGCCAAGAAAGAGGAUGAAAGACCAGCUUGGAAGCCUAACACCUUCUCUAAAUCCAGGCCAACUCCUAGUGUCGCUACCAAUCUAAGAAAUAUUCGUUCUUCCCUUCCUACGAUGAUGAGGAGAUAA